AGGAGAACCGCGCGCGGGCAGUGCACGCGCAGCCGCCGGGACGCGCGCAUCCCGUGCUGCUUUUGCGCUCUUACGAACGUUCCGGAGUAGGAGCCCGCGAAAUCACGAUCCUCACUGCACUGUGCAAUGUGCCAUCGUCAAGGUGUUUUCUCUUGAUAUACUGACUAAUAUAUAUAUAUAUAGAUAUAUAUAUAUAUAUAAAUAUAUUAUAUAUAUAUAAAUACAUAGUACAUGAGUUGUAUUAUAAUAAUUUAAUCGUUAGUCUGGAUAUUUUAUUUUUUUUUUUAUGGACCUAUCAAAGGUGAAGAACUACUGCCUUUAAUUUGAUCAUCGUCCGAAGAUCGAAAUUUUUCGAAAAUAUUUCGAAAAUUAGUUACUAUAUCGAGAAAUUAAAUACUUACUACAGGAUAAUAGAUAGUCUAGAUUAAAUUAGAUUAAUUGCAAGCAGUGUCAACUAUGGAGUUUCAAUGUCGUAGGGGAUCGGUCGUCUAUCCUGAAAAAGAAGAAGAUGAAGAAUUAUUGAGAAUGUAAGGUAAAGACAAGGUUGUUAGGUUGUGUCCGUAUUAUUCGCGCGCUUCUUCUUCGCCACGUGGCGACAUACAUAUAUCAGGCACGUUGCACAGACCGACCGACCGUCCGUAUUAUUUUGGUACCGGGUAUGCGUAAAAUAUCGUGAAGUGUGAGUAAUAUAGUACGUAGUGUCACGGCGUGCUGCGUGCGCGAAUGUUCGCACGUGUUACUCGUGUUAUCCGUGUUAUUCGGCUCGUAGAGUGUUUUCUUCCUAGACUAUCUAUUUGCUUCUCUCUCUCUCUCUCUCUUUCUCGUUCCCUUUUCUCUCUCUUUCUCUCUCUCUCUCUCUUUUCCUCUCUCUGUAUCUAUCCAUCUUUCUCUUUUGGUUUUCGCCUUUUUUUUCAUCUUUGUCUUUUGGCUUCGGCAACUUCGUCGGUCGGAAGCUCCAACAGAAUUUCGUGGAAUUCACGAUCGCGAAUUCGAGAAUGCUCUGGCAAAACCGGUUAUCGUGAGACUCGCGAGGAAGAGGACCUCCAGCAACGACUUCGGAUGGAAGGUAUAGACCGAUUGCGAAGGGCAAGAUAUGUCGACAGCGAGAUACGACGAGGUAGAAGAUCGACUGAUCGACCGAUCGGUGAUCACCCAUGAUCAACAGUGAACUUACGGUUGCGUACUGUUUAUGCUUCUAUGAAGGCGGACGAUCAAUGUAUGCAGCUUUGGCUUCGUCCUACUCGAUCUAGGAUAUAACAAGGACGACGACGAAGAAGACGACGAAAACGACGAUGAGCCUUUGUGGAGUUUCCUCAAAUUUUCCCUACUUCGCUAUGUCCAUCACUGCGAACUAUUGAGAAAGAAGAAACAUGUCGGAAGUAAAGACAGAAAGGCCUAGGACCGCCGGUCGGAUAGCACCGACUGGUCGAGUCACUCCAAGCGUUCAUCAAUCGGCUGGAAAUGGAAGAAGGAAGGCUAUACCUGUACCACCUCCUAGGGUCCCGACUCCAAUGCCUUCGGCCAAUAACAAUCAGCAAAGAAACAAUGCGAACGUCGACGUAGGCCCGCCUGUUUUAGUACAAGCAGCACAAGCACAAAAAAAGGAGUCCCAUGAAAACAUCGCACGAAUAGCAAAGCGGUAUCUCGACGAUAACAUGCAGCAGGCGUGGAUCAAUCCUCGGUUAAUAUCAAUGAUAAACGUGGAGGCAGUAACUUCAACGAAUUACGACUCCUCGAACCUCAGUAGAGACUUCAAUCAGGUCGGCUUCAACACUUACAAUUAUUCUCAGUUCGAGGAGAAGUAUAAGCCACGGCAGAUCUUCAAAUACGGAGACGAGUAUCUCGAGUACGGGCGCAAUUCCGUUCGGCUCGAUUCAAACGCUGAGAGAUCAACGGCAAGAUUAACUAGUAGAUAUCAGCAGGACGGGUUGACUAAGUUCGAGCAAAGAUAUUCAAGGAGUCAUUCGCAGCCUGAGAGACAGCAGUACGCUUAUCAUGAAACGCGAUCCAAAUCACAGGAUUCGCGAGAGUUGACAUUCUAUCAUAUCGACCCACCACCGAAAUUAGAGAAUCUUCAACAACAGCAACUUCAGCAACAGCAACAACAACAACAACAGCAACAGCAACAACAAUCACAGCAACAAUCACAACAACAACAACAGCAGCAGCAGCAACAACAACAACAACAACAACAACAACAACAACCGCAACAACAACAACAGCCAAAUAAAUCUUAUCGAUCUAGCACUGACAAAUCAGGUGGUUCAAAUAAAAAAGAAUUAACUUUUUACAAGAUCGACGGACCUAGCACAAACUUGGCUUCAACGCAGGACAAGUGUAAAGAUAAAUCUGAUAAAAAAGAUAGAAAUCAGGAGAAAUCACAGAAUUCAAAACACGUUAAACAAAAUCAUCAUCAUCAUCAUCAUCAAGAACAGAAGAACAAUCCGGCAAUACCACCAAAUUAUCAAUUGAACAGAUCUCAAUCUGAUUUGACCGAAUGCCAAUUACCGGAUUACUAUAGGCAUCAGAAUAAUCCUUACAUUGAUCCACCCAAGUAUCGUCAAUACGACAGACCUCCGAAGUAUCAAGAAACACCACCAAAGUCAGAACCACCACCAAAAUAUCAUGCUGAACCACCGAAAUAUUCGGAAAUUGUUAGACGUCAGGAUGAUUCGAGAAGAACGCAGCAAGAGGAGAGGACGACAAGACGUCAGGGUGCCGGAUUAGGAGGAGCAGGAGGAGGAAUAGGAGGAACAACAGUAGGAGGAGUAGCAGGGGGAGGGAGUGGUGGUAUAGGUGUAAGUGUAGGUGUAUGUUUAGGGGUAGGAAGUGGAGGAGGAGGAGGAGGAGGAGGAUGUAGUGCAGGGAGCACAAGUUGCGGCGACUUGUGCUGUAGUAGCGGCUGCGGUGUCGUAGGAGGGGGAGGCGGAGGGAGGGGAGGCUCCACUCAUGGCGCCGAGACGCCCUCUAAUCUAGCCAGUAUCACGCCGACCGCGCGAGAAGCAAUACGUUCGCCGUCGGCUCGUAGCCAACGUUUCCAGCAUAAGACAUGCGACGUGUUGUUGUUACGUUGUCCGAAUAAUAACAACAAUAACAACAACAACAACAACAAUAACAACAACAGUAGCAGUAGCAACAAUAGCAGCAGCAGUUGCAACAAGGAAGAUAUUUAUUGUGACAGUAGCGACGAUUCGGAACUUUUAUUGACGCCAAAGUGUCACGUUGAGCAAUCAAAGACUAAUCAUCAUUAUCAUAACCAUUAUAGUCAUUAUAAUCAUCAUCAUCAUCAUCAUCAUCAUAAUCAUAAUCAUCAUAGUUAUCAUCAACCAGCACAACAGCAACAACAACAGCAACAACAACAACAACAACAACAGAUUAGAUCGGGUUGCAGUGGCAGUGUUAUUUUGAACAGUGGUGUUCCAUGUGCCGGUGGUUGUUGUAGUAAUAAUAGUAGUAGUAGUAGUAGUAUUAAUAGUAGUAACAUCGGUGUUUGCGUUGGUGUGACAGGUAAUAAUGGUUUCAGUAGUGCACCUUCCCCAUGUUGCGAACUAACCAGUACGAGCGAUAAAUAUAAGAGUGCCGUGGAGUCCUUGCUGAAGGCCAACGAAGCGGCGCAAGGCCGUCCCGUUGAUAGAUCCAUGCUGAAGAUCGAGAAGCCACAGUCUUCGUCCAAGGUGGUUGCUCUGCACGGUGUCGAAGGGACUGGGAAGUCGAUGGACAGGAUGAAAUCCUCGCAAGACAUCGUAGGUUACGUUGGUAAGCACGAACCAGUAAAAUCCAAGGGGAAUCACGAUUCUACUCAUGGAUUCAAGGUCGAGAAUCUCAAGUAUUACGGCGAGUUGAAGGGCUAUGAUUUUAAAUCUUACGGUACGAUCGACAAGGCAAUCGUUACCGCUCACGAGAAGUCACAUUUGCAUGGUGCACCACAGGAGAAGCUUUCUCAUGAGAAAUGUCACGCGAAAUUGUCGUCAGGUUCGACGUCCUCGGCAUCAUCACCGGCGAUCCAGGCAUACCUGAAGGUACCGAACGUCGUCGAUCGUCAAGCUGAGAAGAGUCCCUACGGAGAGCACUAUUAUCAUAGAUCGUCACACUCCAAGCCGCAGAACGCGUAUCAGGUUUAUCAGGAGACGAAGUAUUCUUACAACGUUAGUGGGGUGCCAGGAACACCGGCACAGGCCAGCGCAGCCGCAGCGUUCUUCGCAAGAGCCGCACAGAAGUUAAACCUGUCGUCGAGUCCCCAUCGUCGACGGCGUUCCGGUGACGAGAACAUCGGACCAGAAGAGCAACCCAUCUUUCCUAAUGGAUACGCCGCAUUGCUUCUCAAAUCACCGCCUCCGGCACCACCGGCCCUUCUCAGGCGGAUAGGAGUUAAGGAGCUCACCGGAGUUGGCAAGGUGAAAGUCAUGCUAAGGGUAUCUCCAGGAGACGGUGGUAGUUUCUUUAACGCCGAUAAACGUAAGAAGCAAGUGACUUUGGUGGAUCCAGCAUCUGGUCAAUCUUCCUCAGCUGAAGAUCGUAGACCAACUGUAGCAGCACCGAAGAUGUUCGCGUUCGAUGCUAUAUUCACCGAAGAAGAUUCUCAGACGGAAAUCUGUUCGAGCGCCCUCACCGACGUUAUUCACGCUGUCAUCAAUGGAACGGAUGGUUGCCUCUUUUGUUAUGGACAUGCAGGUUUGGGCAAGUCUCACACAAUGUUGGGCACCCCUGAGGCAGGCCACACUUUGGGUGCAAUCCCAUGCGCGAUAGCGUGGCUCUUCCGUGGAAUUUCCGAGCAACGUCAGAGAACCGGCGCCAGAUUUAGCGUGAGGGUCAGCUGCGUUGAAUUGACCACCGGCCAGCAACAGUUGAGAGAUCUUCUUGCCGCUCAUGCGAAUGAUUCAGAACAAUCACCGGCCGUUUAUUUGAGAGACGAUCCAUUGUUCGGUACAUUGCAGUUGCAACAACACAGUGAGCUCCGAGCUCCAACUGCGGAACGUGCAGCUUUUUAUCUCGACGCAGCAGUUGCCGGUCGUCAACGAGAAGAUGGAGAUGCUCACAUGCUCUAUACUUUACACGUGUAUCAGUAUAGCGUCGCUGGCAAGGGUGGUGUCGCCGGUGGUAGAAGCAGACUACAUCUCAUGGACCUUGGUAAUUCCGACCGUGGCAAAUCGUCCGGUGGAAUACCACUUUCGGGUCUGGGAAAUAUUCUCUUAGCCAUUUUCAACGGACAAAAGCACUUGCCGUACAAGGAGCAUAAGCUAACCCAAUUACUGAAGGAAUGUCUUGGCUCGUUAACGUGUCAUGCGGCAAUGAUCGCCCACGUAUCUCCAAAUGCACAACAUUAUACCGAGACUCUAACGACCGUGCAGUUGGCAUCGAGGAUUCAUCGAAUGAGACGUAGGAAAAUUAAGUUUGUCGGUGGUGGUACGCAGGGUACCGGAAGUGGUGGUAGCUCAGGCGAGGAAGCAGCCAGACAGAACAGCGAAUGUGAUCCAAGUUCGAGUGAUCUUUCAGCAGAUACUGUAAUCUACGUUGGUCCAUCUGCCGAUGAUGCAACCGAUGGAGAACAUCCACCGGUUUACAUUCCAAGUUUGAAUUCCGGUGACAAUCGUUGUGCUAUGGGUAGAGUUCUUCGUGGUUCAGCAGCUGAGAGACCUAGUAAGAUACCCGAAGAAAGAAGUCCGGCCCAUAAGGCUACGAAAAUAGCGAAAACUUUAACACAAACAGCUUCGAAACAAACUUCACCUGCUCACAGUGCUACGCCAAAAGCUAGUCCAGCGAGAAAGAUAUCUUCGAGCAAGGUUUCGAGUUCAAAGGUAACUGACUCGCCGAGUAGUAAGAUUCCGGUAGCCGCUUCGAGUGGUGCUUCGGAUGAACAAUGGAUAGAUGGUCCAAGAAUUUCAAAAUCAAAGGUUGCCGAGGCUAGACAUAUGUUGAAAGAUUCUCAUCAUAAACGAGAAACUUGGAUAGACGGACCGAUGCAAUUGACUGGUCCCCCUCUGUUACCACUUCAUACUCAACAACAACAUUCGUCCGGCUAUGGAUUUAUGGAUAGCCAUAAGAAAAGUAUGAUAAGGAAAUGGGUGGAAAAUCAGUCGUCCCAAAUUCAAAGAUCUAAACACGCUCAGUCACGUAUGGAACCAUUAAAAGGCACUGGACAAUCUUCUCAAUUUAAAGAAAUGACGACGUUCAAAAGUUGUUCCGCUACUGUUGACGACGAUGAUACCUCUUUAUCAACCGCUGAGAGUGAUAGUUUGAAAGCUAACGAAAUCGAAGACAUCACUGAGAAACUCGGGGCUAAACUAAAUCUUCUCAACGUUAAGUCAAAUACCGAUUCGGGAUUAGACCUCACAGCUAGCCCAGUUAUGGACGAUAGCAUUGAUAGAGGAAAGUUAGAUCUUCCGGAGGAUGAGGAUGACGAUGAAGAAAUAGUUGUUCCACCCCCCUUACCUCUGAUCGAACCUCUUAGCAAUGGAGUUAGCAGAGAAGUCUCCAUGGAAAGUUUGAAUCUUUCUCACAAGGACAUUGUACUGCCAUCUAGACACUCACUCUCAUCAGAAGACGAAAUCUUAGAAAUUGUUGAGGUUGAAGAUUUAGAACCCGUACCAAUGCAGGACUCCUGUCUUCAAGUCACGGAAGAGGACAUUGCCAUGUGUAUGGGCGAAAAUCCUUUACCAGAAAGCGAUCAAGAAGAACAUCCUCUGAGAAUCCUAAGCCAAGAGAAUCUCACGGUUGUCUCUACGUUUACUGACUCAAUGUCGGUGAUGUCAGAUACGGAACGCUACAGAUCUCAUUACCCACCGCCUGUUGGUGCUGGUGUAAUGCCGAGGCCGUAUUUCGACCACGAGGAUUUCUUGGAACAAGAGACCAGGCACAAGUUCGAUCAAUUGGCACGACUUCACGAGCUCUACCAGAGCAAGCUAGCUCUUGCUAAUGUCUCGAAUUCAGCGACGUAUCAAAGGGAGAAUUCGUCUACUGUGAAUUCCCGAGAAGCUCCAUCCGCCACCGUCUUCCGUCCGCCAUCACGCUGUCAGUCAUUGUCCCUUACGGACGUCUUAUUCAACGACAAUGCGAGCAAUCAUGGUAGUAUCUACAGCGAGCCUGCAUAUAUAGCUGGAAAGUCCGAUCAAGAGAAGAUAUGUGACAAUUGUCGUCAAAGUAUGUCAAGACCAGCGACAGCAUUUUAUUGGUAUCCAAGUAGCGUCGCUCAUCUUGCCAGUCCAAGAAGAUACUGCGGUAAAUUAGGCGAGUGCAAUAUAUCUAGUCUGAGGCAUCCAGACGGUGCUUCGAAUCCUAAUUUAAAGGAAGAAAUUGAAAGGAUACCUGGGAACGGUGCUUCGGGCUCAGAUCCUGAGGAGGAAUACAUUGAGGCAAAGAAACUCUUCACUGCGGCGGAGAGAUCGGAAAGAACGAUUACGGGCAAAUCUGAUAUUGAGGAGGACGUUAAAAUUCAAGCACCAUCCUCCGGUAGAAUGCAACGAAAAAUUCUAAGUCUUGGCUCUUCGUUGGGUUUGAACAAAGAGGGUUACGAAUCUGACGCCGAUUCAGCAGCACGAGCAGCUAAAUUGUCACCGGCUACUUUAUCCAGACAUCGAGCUGAAAGUUCAGGAUACGACAGUGUUGUAAGGGACAGUGAGACCAGCAGUAUCGCUAGUGAUUCUUCUAGGCAAACCAGUGCUCUUCAAGAACAUCAAGCGGUGGAACGGCGGGUGGCAGGGCGCGUGCUCCGGGCACGGCUUCACUCUCAGCAGGUGGCACGGCAUCCGGUCGAGCCACCACUGCUGCCACCGGGGAUACUCGUUUACACAGGCGAGGACGUGGACAUCCUGGACAAGCGCGCGCGAUUGCGUUCGGAGCCACGUGGCACGAUGUCCAAGAUACACAAACUGCGACUGCGCCAGCGCCUUCUUAGGCACGAACUCAGAGACGCCAAGAAGCGGUUGAUGGUUCCCGACUGUCGUUGGAGUUACGAAUUGCACGUGGAGGACAGUAUGGACUGGCGUGACCCGUCCUUUCUCGAGGCUCUCGAAGCUGAAACUUGCAUACUCCAGAAACGAGUAGAAGCUUGCAAGAGUCAUGUCCUCUUGGUCACCUGUUUCGAUUUCUGUCCUCAACGCUCCUCAAUGAGUAACGUCGCUUCACCGCAAGAAAUAAAUAUCACCUAACGUAGAUUCGGAUCAGCGCGUACGACCGCGUGCUGAUCGAUACCGAUACCGGUUAACCAUCUUAACAUGCGUUUUCUAAUCUACCUACGAUCGAAUUUGUUUUCUAUGAUUCGCUAGGUUGGAGAUAGAGUUAAUAAAAGAUAGAGAAGAGAAGAGACGAGCGAGGUCGUCGAAUAAAAUGCGUCACCGACACCGACGCCGAUGUCGCUCGACUCCGUCCAAAAUAACUAUUAUGAUUAGUCAAAAAAUCGUCGUAUCCUCGUCUUACCAUCGCAUGUCAUUGUUAUCCGUUGUCCAGUUUAAGCGCUACAGGAAAAAAAAAGAAAUGAAAAAAAAGAAAAAAGAAAGAGGUAGAGAGAGAGAGAGAGAGAGAGAGAGAGAGAGAAAGAGAAAAAGAGAACUGCCUCCUCGAUAUUUUAACCUUUCAAUUACGAAAUCACGAAGAAAGAAAAUCGCUUUUUCGCGAAUCGAUCUCAUAUUUCUCAAUCGUCUAUAAUUAAUCUUUGAAACAUUGAAUUUACCUUUGAAUAUUAAAGAGCGCGUUUACCAACAUACGAUGACCUUGCUUGCUUUUUGUAGAUGAAAGGUUAAAGGGAUGGCACUGUACACACAUGUACACACCGGUAAAUAUACCUACGUACGCGCACACGCACGUGUCUUCUUAUUGGAGUUGUUAGAGACUAUAUCGAAUAUAUAUAUAAAUAUAUAUAUAUAUAUUAUAUAUAAAUAUAUAAAUAGUAUAUAUCUAUGUAUUCGCGUUACGAUUUCUCGACGUUCGAAUUUCCUCGGUUCCUUUUUAAAUGGUGUACGUCGAGUUUCAAAUGACUCCCCACAAUCGAGAUAGAUAAAAAAAUGUUAUUAUUAUUAUUAUUAUUAUUAUUAUUAUUAUUAUUAUUAUUAUUAUUAUUAUUAUUAUUACUAUUAUUAUUAUUAUUAUUAUUAUUAUUAUUAUUAUUAUUAUUAUUAUUAUUAUUAAUAUUAUCAAUAUUAUUAUAAUUAUUAUCGUAAUCAUUAUUACUAUUAUUAUUAAUAUUAUUAUUAUGGAUUAUUGUUACGAGAUGUAGAGAGCGCUCGACAAGCGAUUAUAUAUAAAUGUUUAUAUUUAAUUUAUUCAUUUUUAACGUACAAAAGAUAGGUGCUGCGUUUAUUAUCGUUCUUAAUGCGUGUAUCGUUCGUUGCACUUCGCGUUUCAAGUAAAUAAAAAUUUAAAGAAAAAAAUAAAAAAAUAAUAAUAAUAAAAUAAAAAAAAAAAGAAAAUAGACUCGCACUGCCGUUGAUCGACCGAUAUAAUAAUGAUAAUCAUUGCCGAAAGCCUUUCGACGAACAUAAAAUAGUGUUUGGUAAAUUUUAUUACGAACGAACGGACGCGCUAUUGCGAUCCAUUUUCCUCGUAUCGUUCGUUCUAGUCGCGUUUAAAGGCAAUAAUAUAAUCGAUGAGAUCCGUACUGUCAUACUAUCAAUGAUAGAAAAGAAAGAAAAGAAGGAAAAAAAAAGUAGAAUGAAAGAAAAGAAAAAGAAAGAAAACAAUAUAUGACUUCCAAUAAUACAAAGACUGCCGGCGAAUAGGCCGAACUUUUUAGCGUUUCAAAACGAUGAAGACAAAGAGAGACGAUCGAUUUACUAUCGAUUUACUAUAAAAUACAUUCUUCAAUGAGAUUAUUUAAUGGGAAACUUAUGCGAUUAGAAAACGUGCCAUGAAAAAUGUGAAGUGGUCUUUUCUAAUCGAGAACUCGAUUGUUUCUUCCUAAUGGUAAAAAUGAAAUAAACGAAAAAAGAGAAAUAAAAGAAAAAAAAAAAUAAAAUACAUAAAUACAUAAAUAAGCAAUGAAGCAAUGUAUAAAUAUCGAAGUUCGAUCGCCAUCAUCAUUGAAAUUCCGAUUCAUGCUAAUGUAGACGAGUCGUAGAUAUAAAAUAGAAAACUUCCAACGAGCCACAUGCUACUGCCAAAAGAGAGAAAGAAAAUUAAAAAAAAAAAAAAAAAAAAAAAAAAAAAGAAAAGAAAAAGAAGAAAAAACGGAAAGAACGAAAAGAAAACGAGAGCACGAUAAAAUCAUUUUUUGUACGAUUUAAGAAUUAAUGUGAAAAAGAUUAAAGUAAGAAAAAUGAAGAAAAGAAAAAAAGAAAAAAGAAAAAAUUAAAAAACUGCGACCGCAAGCGAACUAAUUAAGAUAUACACGCACGUUAAUUCAACAUAUUAUCGUAGCUUUAAUUGUUAUCGACAGUUAUCGCACUUCGUAGGGUUCUGUAACUUCACGUAGAAAGACGCUGAUCGUGGUGAAUUAAGAAAGAAAAAGAGAGAAAAAGAGAGAGAGGAUGGAGAAAAAUAAUUACGAAAUUGCGUUUGUAAAAAUGAAACUCGUAAGACACAUGUAAGAAAGAAAACGUGACGUUUUCGAUAAACAAAAAUAAAAGAAUAACAGAAUAAAAGAAUAAAAAAUAAAUAAUAAAAAUAAAUAAUAAAAAAAGAUAAGAAGAAGAAAGUCAAAAGAAAAACAAUUAGAUUAGUUAAGAGUUCUCGAAAAUAUCGACGUUGUGAAUAUGUAAGAGAAAAGACAACGUUCGGGGUUAAGAAGUAGACGGUUUCGAAGAGAAGGGAGAGAAUGAAAAUAGGCGGGAUAAAAAUAAAUCGGUAUACCAGUAGGCAGUUAAAAUGCAAAAAUAGAGAUUCCAGUAUUCGAAUGCGUGUCGCGGCGAACCGAGAUCCGAUAACUAUCAAAAACAUCCCCUCUUUUUUCGUCAUAAUUUUCGUUUCGCAUAUAUCUACCUCUCUUCAAUUUUCCUUCGUGCAUUAUGUAUGUAUAUACAAAAAUAAUGUAUCUAUGUAUGUAUGUACGUAUGUAUGUAUGUAUGUAUGUAUGUAUGAUCGAAUAAGCAGGUAUGCUCGAUUAAAAAAAAAAAAAAAAGAAGAAGGGGAAAAAAAACGAAAAAAAAGUCAACUAAUCGUAAGAACAAAUUCUUCGAUUGGGUGCUUCUUCGAGCUUUUAGCCUGAAAUUCGAAUUUUUGUUCCACCCAUUUUUUUUUUUUUUUAUUAUACAUAUACACACACAAACACACACAUAUAUGUAUUUUAUAUUUUCAGAAGAAAAAUGUAAUAAUCACGUAUGUAAGAUAAAGAAAUUUCGAUUUGACCCACGUAAAUAUCUAUAAGUACGCAAGUAAAUGUGUAAAGAGUAUUAGAAACUGGUGGGGAUGUAAUGAAAAAGAGAAUGGUGGGGUUUGAUGAAGAAAAGAAUGGUGGGGGAUCGCUGGUUAAAGUCAUGGAUCUAUCGUUGAGACGUGCGCAGUUUUAUUUCGACCUUGGUCCUUGUUACAUUUACUCACAUGACCCACGUCCUCAAUAUAAACAAAUCCUUGUUAACAAAUAUCAAGAUAGUACAAUAACGAUAAGCAAUGAUCUCUUUGUUAUUUUUUUUAAUAACAGAUUUCUAUUAGUAAAAGGCCGAUACACGUAUUGCAUGCAAUGAAAUCAGCUAACUCUCUUCAUAAGAAGAAAUCAACUCUUUCAUUGUUAAAAGUUUUUAGAUUUAUCUUUAUUCGAAUGAAUAAACGAACGAAGGAACAAACAAACAAACAAACGAAUAAACGAACGAACGAACGAACGAACGAACGAAGGAACGAACGAACGAAGGUGAUAUAUAGAUCUCCCGAUCGAUAUUUUUCUACGUUUUUUACAUUAUGAUUUUCACGAACGAUCUCGAUCUCCAGGCGAGGGCUUCCAGAAAAUUGAAAAAGAAAAAAAACAAAAAGAAAAUAUUUCUUCCAUCUUGUCGAAGGACAGCCUAAAAUUUUUGAAACUUAUUAUUUCUGUUCUCCCGUUAUCGCCGUACGCGCGUAUCUCGAUCGGAAAGCCACUGCCAAGAGAGCGUGUGUCGAGUCCAUGUACCGUGAAAAAGAAAAAGAAAGAAAAAAGAACGAAAUACUAGUAUAUAACAAACAAUGAAACGUUCUAAGGAAUAUGAUAACGAUAUCGAUUAUUUGAUUGAAACGAUAGAAACGAUCUAUAACGUCCCACUGAUCAAAACCACGCGUCUCUGUAUAUAUAUUAUACUACUUGUAUCAUAUUUAUAUUUUAUAUGUACAAAUUAGCCAUGUAAUUUCUUGUAAUAAAGACGAAUUUGCAACGUA